UUUAUUUUAUUACACACUUGGAUUUGCUGAUCCGCCAUUCUCCUACUUACACAUUCAUCUUGUUUUCCCAAUUCUCCAAAAUUAGGGUUUUACGAAAUCCAAAUCUAGGGCUUUUCGCCAUAGAAUCAAGCUAGAACUCCAUAUCUCAACCAUGUCGAAGCGCAAAUUCGGUUUCGAAGGCUUCGGAAUCAACCGUCAACAGACCUACAACUUCGAACGAUCUCAGCAACCUCAACGUUUAUACGUACCUCCUUCUUCAUCUUCGCGCCCGCAUGACCAUUACGAAGACACAGAUGUUGAUAACAUUGAAUUCGAUGAAGAUAACAACAACAAUGCCCCCGAUGCCGGAGAUCCUACCGGCGACGAAGAAAUUGAUCCCCUCGACGCAUUUAUGGAGGGAAUUCAUAAAGAAAUGAGUCAAGCACCGCCUCCAAAGCCGAAGGAGAAGUUGGAUAAGUAUAAAUAUGAUGAGGAUGAAGAUGAUGAUCCAAUGGAGAUUUUUUUGAGAGCUAAAAAAGAUGUUGGUUUAACUUUGGCGACGGAUGCACUUCGUGCAGGGUAUGAUUCUGAUGAAGAGGUAUACGCUGCCGCAAAAGCUGUGGAUGCUGGAAUGGUUGAAUAUGAUUCUGAUGAUAAUCCGGUUGUUCUUGAUAAAAAGAAGAUUGAGCCUAUUCCUGCUUUGGAUCAUAGUGAGAUUGACUAUGAGCCUUUUAGUAAGGAUUUUUAUGAGGAGAAACCCUCCAUUUCUGGUAUGAGUGAACAAGAGGUUACAGAAUAUCGGACAAGUUUGAAAAUUCGUGUCUCUGGUUUUGAUGUUCCAAGGCCAGUUAAAACUUUUGAGGACUGUGGUUUCCCUCCACCACUGAUGAAUGCAAUCUCAAAGCAAGGCUAUGAGAAGCCUACUAACAUUCAAUGUCAAGCUUUGCCAAUAGUACUUUCUGGGAGUGAUAUUAUUGGUAUUGCAAAGACAGGUUCUGGAAAAACAGCUUCUUUUGUGCUUCCGAUGAUUGUGCAUAUAAUGGAUCAGCCCGAGCUUGACAAAGGAGAAGGACCAAUUGGAGUGAUAUGUGCACCGACUAGAGAAUUAGCUCAUCAGAUAUAUUUGGAAACUAGGAAAUUUGCAAAACCUUACGGGUUACGUGUAUCUGCAGUUUAUGGUGGAAUGUCCAAGCUUGAUCAGUUUAAAGAACUUAAGGCCGGAGCUGAAAUUGUUGUUGCCACUCCGGGAAGACUGAUUGAUUUGUUGAAAAUGAAGGCAUUAACAAUGAAGAGAGCAACCUAUCUGGUGCUUGAUGAAGCAGAUCGCAUGUUUGACCUUGGUUUUGAGCCACAGAUAAGGUCUAUUGUUGGUCAGAUUAGGCCUGACCGUCAGACUUUACUCUUCUCGGCCACAAUGCCCCGAAAAGUUGAAAAGUUGGCUCGAGAAAUUCUUUCAAAUCCUGUACGUGUUGCAGUGGGCGAGAUAGGCAUGGCAAAUGAGGAUAUAACACAAAUUGUUCAAGUGCUUCCAUCAGAUGCAGAGAAGUUGCCCUGGCUCCUAGAGAAGUUGCAAGGAAUGAUUGAUGAAGGUGAUGUUUUGGUGUUUGCCUCUAAAAAGGCCUCUGUUGAUGAACUUGAGUCUCAGCUUGCACUGAAAGGGUUCAAAGUUGCUGCUCUUCAUGGUGAUAAAGAUCAGGCAUCUCGUAUGGAGAUACUGCAGAAAUUUAAGUCUGGAACCUACCAUGUACUUAUUGCUACUGAUGUUGCUGCUCGAGGUCUUGAUAUCAAGUCAAUCAAGUCAGUUGUCAACUUUGACAUUGCGAAAGAUAUGGAUAUGCAUGUACAUCGUAUUGGUAGAACAGGCCGUGCCGGUGAUAAAGACGGCACCGCAUAUACUCUUAUCACCCUAAAGGAAGCCAGGUUUGCAGGCGAAUUGGUCAAUAGUUUGAUUGCUGCUGGUCAGAAUGUGUCCAUGGAACUAAUGGAUCUCGCCAUGAAGGAUGGAAGAUUCAGGUCUAAACGUGAUUCAAGAAAGGGAGGUGGAAGGAAAGGAAAAGGAAGAGGAGGCGGCGGAGGUGGUCGAGGUGUACGUGGUGUCGAUUUUGGUUUGGGCAUUGGGUAUAAUGCAGAACCCAGCAACACUCCCUCUCCUACAGCCAGUCGUACUGCAGCUGUUAAUUCACUAAGAACAGGUAUGAUGGCACAGUUCAAGAGCAGCUUUGUGGCUGCUUCAUCCAAUUCUCCUAAUCAGGUGAUUAGCAGUGCCUAUCAACGGCCAGCAUUAUCUGGUUUUGUUUCGGGUGGUACUAUUGGUGGGGACUCCAAUAGACCUCCGGCAACCUCUGCAGUGAAUCCCCAUCCCGCAACAGGAGGGAACAUUGGUAGUCAAAAUUCUGAUCGGAAGAUCAGUGAAAGUACGAGUCAAAAGGCAAGAGAAAGGCGAAGACCCUCGGGCUGGGACAGAGAGCGGAAAUGAAGUGUUUAUGAACAUCUUUUUUGCUUUGUAGUACCAAAAAAAAAGGUCACUCGUAAUGUAACAUUGUUCUUGCUUGGUAUAAAACUCUUCAAUUUUAGGUUCAAUAUUUUUGGCUUUAA